ACCGGCAGUAUGGAUAAUCCGGUGUUUUGUGAAAUGCCUAGGCAUUAUAUAAAAUGCCAAAAAUCACUCGGAAAUAUGCACAAUACGAACUUUGCCUAGGUAUUAUGUAUAAUGCCAGAAGUGAAAUAGGAAAUAUGAUCAAAAUAAACAAAAUUGGGUAUCGACUAUUACUAGAGCGCGGUUUUUUGCAAGGAUUGUUUUUUAUUUAUUUAAAAUUUACAAAUUAAUUAAUAAUAAAAAUCUAUUAUUUUCAAUCAAUCUAUUAUAAUUUAUAAAGAUAACUGACAAAAAUCCAAAAAUGUGAAAAGAAAAAAAUAUGCAAUUGCAUAGAAAUCUGCGCUUUACCUAUUCAGUAUUCACCAACGACUUUACUUAUCGUUUAUUGUAAAUGCGUGUGCCGGCCGCCGCGUGAUGAUUUGACACAAUAAAGAUAAGAAUCUUAAUCUUUAUUGCAUCAGAUUCAUACCCUACUAUAAAAAUAAUAAUUCUGACGAACUAUAUUGAACAUAUUUUUAUUAUUUUAUCGUCAUUUUCGUAUCUCGUCGCGGUGUGAACUAAAUUGAACAUUCUUACUUUUAUUAUUUUAUCGUCAUUCUCGUUUCUCGUAGCAGUGUGGCAUUAUUAUGGAUACGAUUAAUAUGAAGUCAAAUUUUUAUAACGAACUACAUAAAAACCGUAAAAAUUUGGCUAAUAAUACUAGUUUUUUGUCUGAUGAAAAAUAUAACGAAUUGAUAGAAAUUAUUGCAGAACUUAAAACUGGACGUAAGAAAAAAGAGCCUAAAGACUUCCGUUUAAUCAAAAGUGCAUAGAAAUCCGCGCCUUGAAGCCCUGUAUAUAAAGUAUGAUAUACUGGUUGUACAAGGAAAAACGAAACUUAUAUUCCCUGUAAAAGAUGACAAUGUUGUUCUGUAUUAUGUGCCAACCAGUGAGCUAUUUGAUAUAUUGCAAGCCACACAUGUAUCAAUAGGACAUGGUGGGCGUGAUCGAAUGAUCAAAGAACUUGGUAAUAAAUAUAAAAAUAUAACACGUAGUGAUAUAGAGACAUUUUUGCAUUUUUGUGAACCAUGUCAACAAAAACAAAAAGGCUCGAAAAAAGGAGUGGUAGUUAAACCAAUAAUAUCUCCAGACUUUAAUUCCCGAUGCCAAGUUGAUUUAAUAGACUUCCAGUCUCAUCCUGAUGGAAAAUUUAAAUUUAUUAUGGUGUACCAGGAUCACCUCACUAAAUUUGUUGUUCUCAAGCCCCUCGAAUUUAAACGGGCUGAAGAGGUAGCCUAUAAUAUUAUAGAUAUUUUUACGUUGCUUGGAGCUCCUACUAUUUUGCAGUCUGAUAAUGGACGAGAAUUUUCAAACCAAAUAGUGUCUAAUUUAAGAAACAUGUGGCCCGAAUUAAAAAUAGUACAUGGCAAACCGAGGCACAGUCAAUCUCAAGGUAGUGUAGAACGUGCAAAUCAGGAUAUUGAAAAUAUGUUGACAACGUGGAUGCAAGAUGAAAAAAACCGACACUGGAGCGAAGGACUUCGAUUCAUCCAGCUUAUGAAAAACCGAGCUUAUCAUUCUGGUAUUAAAAUGUCUCCAUAUGAAGCUUUAUUUGGCUGCAAAAUUAAAAUUGGUCUAAACACUUCAAAUUUACCACACGAUGUAAUAAGUACGAUAGAAAAUGAAGAACAGUUAGCUGAAUUAAUUACAGAACAGUCACAAAAAGUCGAAAAUGAAGUAUCAGCUGACACAGAACAUAUCACAGAACAACCACAAAAUAUUGAAAAUGAAGUAACAGAAACAGAAAAAAUUACAGAACAACCACAAAACAUCGAAAAUGAAGCAUUACAUACAGAACAACAAUUAGCUACAACUAUCAAAUUAAAUAACGAAAACGCCAAUAUCAUGCGAACUAGAGCCAAAGAAAAUCUGGAAAAUCAAGCAAAAAAAAUGAUGGCGUGGUCGGAUAAGAAGCUAUUACCGGUGGCAAUUCAUUCAACUGUACGUGUUCCAGUUCCUGAGGUAGAUAAAGGACGUUUAGAUGCAAGAAGUAUACUGGCAAUUGUUUUAGAAGUGACAAGUGAUGGUAUUUAUCGAUUAGGAACUCGGGAUGGAGUUCUGAAGCAGUUAUAUGCCAGAAGUCAGUUUACAGUAUGUCAGAAAAAGCUACUACAAAUUGACGAGGUUCCAAUAGAGACAGAAGUGGCAUUACGAACAGUCGCAAAGGAACAGUCCACAGGAACUGGCCAAGGAUUUUUUAAAUGUAUUUGUAAGACCAAGUGCCAAAAUAAAAAGUGCAUUUGCCUUAAAAAUAAUGUUUUGUGCACUUCAAAAUGUCAUUUUUCUACAACAUGUUGUAAUAAGUAGCUAUUAGUUUAAGUAAAAUGUAUAAAUAAUAUUACUUAAUAAAAUAAUAUAAUACAAUAAUAAUAAUAAUAUCAAUGUAUGAAAAUAUAGUAAUAGAUAAAAAUUAAAAAUUAAUAUAAUGUUUUAACAGAUUAUGAAAAAUUGUUUGUUACUUUGCCUAAAAAGAAAUUGGCAUUUUACAUAAUGCCUA